UUCCAACUGAGUUUUUUUAUUUGGUGAUUGGCGGUACUUCCGUUUUCCUGCAGAGCGUGGUGUCCGGUGUGAGAAGCCGACCGGGGGAGGGGAGGGCGUGAGGAUGAACUACAUGCCUGGGACCGCUAGCCUCAUUGAGGAUAUAGACAAAAAACACUUGGUUCUUCUCAGAGAUGGGAGAACACUUAUUGGGUACCUAAGGAGUAUUGAUCAGUUUGCUAACCUUGUUCUACAUCAGACUGUGGAGAGGAUCCAUGUUGGUAAAAAAUAUGGGGACAUCCCUAGGGGUAUUUUUGUUGUCAGAGGAGAGAAUGUUGUCCUACUUGGUGAAAUUGAUCUUGAGAAGGAAAGUGACACUCCUCUACUCCAGGUCUCCAUUGAAGAAAUUCUAGAAGAACAGCGUGUGGAGCAGCAAAUCAAACAAGAAUCUGAAAAGUUGAAGGUCCAGGCACUUAAAGAGAGGGGGUUGUCUAUUCCCAGAUCAGACACAUUGGAUGAAUACUAAACCAUAUUUGUUCUUGGACCCUUUUUCUUUGCUAAGAUGUUAAUCAUAGAUUGUUUUGUGCUAUUUUGCAUCUGCACUCUUAUAAAUUUAGUUUUGUAAAUGUAUAGUUUAAACAGCUAUUAAUGUAAUCCAUAUGCCUAUAUAUGGUGCUAGAGUGCAUACAGAAAGCUUGGUGGGAGAAGCAUCCCCCAUUAAAGAUUUAUUUUCUCAAUA